AUGUGGGACGUCGUUUGGACCGACCCCAAGAGGGAGUCCAGAAAGGAACAUCGCGAAAGGAAGGCGAGACAACCGCGCAGCGACAAGAGCUCCACCAAGGCGAGGUCCCUCUUCAGUCGAGGUUCGACAUCAUCCAGCGACGGUCCUUCAUUUGUUGGAUAUCCCGGACGCAAGACCAGCAGCAGGGACUUUGCACCUCUGUCACCUACGCCAUCCUCCAUCCACACUACCACCUCGACCAACAAUUACGACAUUGAGGCUGACAGAUCCUCAAACUUCACUCUUAACAAUUACGAAACAACAUCCGACACAGUGUCUCACAGCUUCGAGUCCACCACCGAUCACACUCUUGUUCACGAACAGAUCCUGGAAUGCUCCUCAGAGCUUUACAACACCAACUCCAGAGGAGAUGACGACCAGUAUCCUCUACCUCCUUCUCCUCCAUGGGACACCCAAGUUAUCGAGCGGGUGGCAUUAGAGCCAUGCCAUAUCGUCCAGACCUUUAGUGAGGGCUCCUACAUAGCCAGGAGCACUGAAGUCACAACCUCACUGCGCACGCCCUCGGACCCUCAAUUUGGUCUGAGCUCCGAGGUGACCAUCACCGCUAACACAGAGAGCAAGUCUUUCAGUCGCCCACGGUCCUCAGGUGGCCAUACACCAAGACGGGUGCCAUCAUGCAAUGCCUUGUUGAGGAGUGAGCCAACUGAUGGCUGGAAGCCGCCAGACACAUGGGCCUGCACUCCCACAACGGAGACAUUCUCGUCAACCAUGGAAGAUCCCGUUGAAGAACCUAGCUCACAGGAGUCGACCUUCCCUAUGGAGCAGAAUGCCAUGCAACGCGAAGUAACACGCUUGGCGUCUGAAUCCAACAGCAUCCGCCUUCUACGUCUCAAGGGAGUAUGGGGCACAUUGAGCAGCCCCAACUCAUGGAAAGACUUGGAGGUGGAGAAGACUCAAUGGAUGCUCUCCGCGUUAUACAACAUGGAUCAACAGGCGGAUGAAGAGGAUAGACCAGACACUGCCCAAGAUAUGAACUCGGAUAAACCAAAGAAAGUUCUUGCACUUUACGAGACGCCAGCUGCGACUUCAUAUUUAGCAGCUGUGCACCACAGCAAGCAGGUUUACCACCUGUCACCAGCGCCACUCUCUCACACUCUCUUUCCUAAUAUUCACCCGGUCCUUGUGCCGGUGAGGUCAUCCUCAGCCUUUCCUAUGGCGCCAUCGUCAUUUGAGGCAGUCUAUUCGUUACGUCUUCCUUUGUCAACACCAUCCCAGGAGAUUCCUGGAGUCCUUAAAAACAUCCACCGAUGCCUCAAGCCCAAUGGUGCUUUGAAUCUUGUCCUAGUCGACCCGCUCCCGCUUGCGAGCACACUGGGGCCAUUGUUACGAGCGUGGAUCGAGCACAACCUGUUAUUGAACUUAGAAACAAACUUUCGCUGCAUGAACCCGAGCAGAUUGCUUCCAAUCUGGUUGGAGAACGCAUCAUUGCAUAUUGAAGGUAGAAUUACGAGCACACAGUUCUCUGCUGUGCCGCUCGAUGAGCAACAGCUCACACCAGCUGAAAACAGCCAUCCGUCGGAAGACACCAUCAAGCAGGAGCUCCGAAACAUAGUCGGUAGGAUGCUUUGGAUGGAGGUCUGGGGAGAGUAUAUCACAGUUGAUACAUGGUGGUGGGAGGAUCUUGAAAUUAUAGAAGAAUGCGUCAGGUUACAGACUACAUGGGAGUGGCGCCUGAUCACGGCUUGCAAGGAUGGCUGA